AUGGAUCCGUUUAAAAUUCUUACACAUGGCGUUAAAUUUGACGGUAAAAAGUUUCGUCGAGAGGUGAACAGGUUUAAGCCAAACACAAACGAAGAUAAAAAUAUUAAUUGCAAAGAAACAAUUGCUGCCAGUCCAAAAAAGAAAAAGCGCAAAAUCGACGCAGAUGAAAUCAGAAAGGAGCAUAAUAUAUUGCUUGAUGGCUCUGAUGGAAACUGCCCCAUUCUCUCAUUUGAAGAACUAAAAGUUGAGCCUUUUCUGAAGGAGAAUUUGCGCAAAAGUCACUACGAAAAGCCAACUCCAAUACAAAUGCAAGCCAUUCCACUCAUGUUGGACGAGCGUGAUAUAAUCGCCUGUGCACCUACCGGAUCCGGAAAAACACUUGCUUUUCUUCUACCUCUCAUCAAUCGUUUAGCUGCGCCGAAAAAAGAUGAGCCAAUGACUGAAACUCGAAUGGCCGACUGUAUGGAAACCAAAAUGGAAGUUCAAACAAAAGAGUUCACUGAUGAUCAUCGGAGUGAAUUUGUAUCCCAGUAUUUCAAAAACUGGAACGAAAAUGAUCAAAAUCAUUUUGUGCAAGCUUUACUUUCCGAGAUGUCCCACUAUCAACAUUCUCAAAUUAACCUAUUCCUCAAACCAAUGCUUCAACGAGACUUUAUCACCCUCCUUCCAAAAAAGGGCCUAGACCAUGUUGCGGAAAACAUUCUCACCUACAUCGACGAAAAAUCAUUGUGUUCAGCAGAACUAGUGUGCAAAGAAUGGCACAGAGUUAUCUCCGAGGGAAUGCUUUGGAAAAAGCUAAUCGAAUCAAGAGUUAGGUCAGACUCCUUGUGGAAAGGGCUUGCUCACCGUCGUGGCUGGAUAAAGUAUUUAUUCAAGCCUGUUCCUGGAGAACAACACCCUGACCACUACUUUUAUCGAAGAUUAUUCCCUAAAAUUAUUCAAGAUAUAAAGACGACGGAAAAUAACUGGAGAUGUGGUCGUCACACAUUGCAACGCAUCAACUGUCGAAGUGAAGGCAGUAAAGGCGUUUACUGUCUACAAUAUGAUGAUCAAAAGAUUAUCAGCGGACUUCGUGAUAAUACCAUCAAAAUAUGGGAUCGUAAAGGAUUACACUGUACUGAGAUUUUAACCGGCCAUACUGGGUCAGUUUUAUGUUUGCAAUACGACGACAAAGUCAUCAUAAGUGGCUCCAGCGAUGCAACAGUUCGUGUGUGGGACGUUAAAACGGGACAGAUGAUCAAGACACUAAUUCAUCAUUGUGAAGCUGUUUUGCAUCUUCGUUUCAACAAUGGAAUGAUGGUGACAUGCUCAAAAGACCGUUCCAUCGCUGUCUGGGACAUGGUCUCCCCCAAUGAGAUCAACCUGCGUCGUGUUUUGGUCGGCCACCGAGCGGCUGUGAAUGUAGUCGACUUUGACGAAAAGUACAUUGUCUCAGCUUCCGGUGACCGAACAAUCAAAGUUUGGAAGACCUCAGACUGUGAGUUUGUUCGAACACUAAACGGACACAAACGAGGAAUUGCCUGUUUGCAAUAUCGAGAGCGCCUUGUCGUCAGCGGAAGUUCAGACAACACCAUUCGGCUAUGGGACAUUGAGUUCGGAACGUGCCUUCGAAUCUUGGAAGGCCAUGAUGAGCUGGUUCGCUGCAUUAGAGUUGACAACAAGCGCAUUGUCAGCGGAGCUUAUGACGGGAAAAUUAAAGUUUGGGACUUGACUGCUGCACUGGACCCUCGCUCUCCUGCUGGGACUCUUUGUUUGCGUACUUUGGUGGAGCACACGGGACGUGUUUUUCGACUUCAGUUUGACGACUUUCAGAUUGUCAGCAGUUCACACGACGACACCAUUCUCAUCUGGGACUUCCUUAAUCCUGAAGUUAAUCAAUGUGAUUGA